CACUGUCAUUUCCCUCUUGCACCCUGUGUGGGUUGGAGCAACCCCAAAGGGCCCUGUGAGACCAAGGUUGGGUCCAUGGGUCCCUCCUGGGUGGCUAAGAGGAAGAAUUCUCGUGUCACCAUGAUAAGGCUUCUUCUGCUGUCUGGAACUUUUCUCUUUGAGUCGGCCUGUAGCUACAACCUGGACGUGAAGGAGGCGCCGAGCUUCUCCUUUCCACACGCCGGGAGGCACUUUGGGUACCGCGUCCUGCAGGCUGGAAACGGGGUUGUCGUGGGAGCACCAGGUUUGGGCAACAGCACAGGAAAGCUCUAUCAGUGUGAGUUCCACAGUGGAAUCUGUCAGCCGGUCAGCCUGAAUGGUUUCAACUAUACCUCCAAGUACUUGGGAAUGACCUUGGCAGCAGACCCCACAGGUGGAAGCAUCUUGUUUGCUGCUGUUCAGUUUUCCUCAACCUUUAAAACAGAGUUUAACUUCUUGGAUUACGUUAAAUCAAAGGACCCUGAUGUUCUGCUAGCCAAAGUGAAACACAUGCUCUUGCUGACCAACACCUUCGGGGCCAUCAAUUAUGUCGUGACAGAGGUGUUCCGGGAGGACCGGGGGGCCCGGCCAGAUGCCACGAAAGUGCUCAUCAUCAUCACGGAUGGGGAGGCCACCGACAUUGGCAACAUUGACAAGGCCAAAGACAUCAUCCGCUACAUUAUCGGGAUUGGAAAACAUUUCAAGAACCCACAAAGUCAGAAGGAACUCCAUCAAUUUGCCUCCCAACCCACAGAGGACUUCGUAAAGAUCCUGGACACAUUUGAGAAGCUCAAAGAUCUGUUCAAUGAGCUGGAAAAGAAGAUCUACGUCAUCGAGGGGACCAGCAGGCAGGACCUGACGUCCUUCAACAUGGAGCUGUCGUCCAGCGGGAUAAGUGCAGAUCUCCACAAGGGCCAUGCCAUUGUGGGGGCAGUCGGAGCCAAGGACGGGACAGGGGGCUUCAUAGACCUGAGUGAAGACCUGCAGAAUGGGGCAUUCGUUGGGAAUGAGCCGCUGACCCUGGAAAUGAGAGCAGGCUACUUGGGUUACGCGGUGACCUGGCUGCCUUCCCAGGGGCGCACGGCCCUGGUGGCAGCUGGAGCUCCCCGAUACCAGCAUGUGGGCCAGGUGCUGCUGUUCCAAGAACUGAGGGAUACAGGAAACUGGACACAGAUCCAGAAAAUAGAAGGGACGCAGAUUGGCUCUUAUUUUGGUGGGGAGCUGUGUGGCAUUGACAUGGAUCAAGACGGGGAGACAGAGCUGCUGCUGAUUGGAGCCCCCCUAUUCUAUGGGGAGCAAAGAGGAGGCCGAGUGUUUAUCUACCGGAGAAAACAGCUGGGGUUCGAAGCCGUCUCAGAACUACACGGGCUUCCUGGCUACCCCUUGGGGCGCUUUGGAGCCGCCAUCUCCGCUCUGACAGACAUCAAUGGGGAUGGACUGACGGAUGUAGCAGUGGGAGCCCCUCUAGAGGAGCAAGGGGCCGUGUACAUCUUCAAUGGGCAGCGUGGGGGGCUGCAACCCCAGCUGAGUCAGAGGAUAGAAGGAACCCAGGUGUUGCCAGGAAUUCGGUGGUUUGGGCGCUCCAUCCAUGGGGUGAAGGACCUUGACGGGGACAGCCUGACAGAUGUCACUGUGGGGGCUGAGGGCCAGAUCAUUGUGCUGAGGUCCCGGCCCGUGGUGGAUGUUGUCACUCGGAUGUCCUUCUUCCCCCGGGAGAUUCCGGUGCAUGAGGUGGAGUGCUCCUACUCCGCCAGCCCCCGGAGGAGGGAGGGCGUGAACGUCACAGUCUGCUUCCAGCUCAAGAGUCUCAUUCGCCAGUUCCAAGGUCGCCUGGUUACCAACCUCACCUACACUCUGCAGCUGGAUGGCCAUCGAAGCAGGAGCCGGGGUUUAUUCCCAGGACGGAGAUCCGAACUCACUGACACCACACUGGUCUCACAAGAUGAAUCCUGUGAGGAAUUCUGGUUUCACUUCCCGGUCUGCAUUCAGGACCUCAUCUCCCCCAUCAACGUUUCCCUGAACUUCUCUCUUUGGGAGGAAGAAGGACGCUCGGGGCACAGAGACAUGCAGAGCCGGGACAUGAGGCCCAUCCUGCGACCCUCCCCACACUCAGAGACUAUGGAGAUCCCUUUUGAGAAGAACUGCGGGGAGGACAAGAAGUGUGAGGCUGACCUAAAGCUGUCCUUGUCCCCUGCCAGGUCCAGAGUCCUGCAUCUGACCCCUUCUUCCAGCCUCGCUGUGGAGUGGACCCUGAGCAACUCGGGAGAAGAUGCUUACUCGGUCCAGCUGGACCUGGCCUUCCCCCGAGGACUGUCCUUCCGCAAAGUGGAGAUGCUGAAGCCGCACACCCAGAUGCCUGUGAGCUGCCAGGAGCUCCCUGAUCAGCCCGAGCUCCUGACCAAAACCCUACUGUGCAACGUGAGCUCCCCAAUCUUCAAAGCAGGCACCUUGGUGGGCAUCCAGGUGGUAUUUAGCACACUGCUGAACAGCUCCUGGGGGGACGCAGUGAAGCUGAACAGCACCGUGCACUGUACGAACGAGAACGCGAGUCUCCUGGGGGACAACUCAGCCACCACCAGCAUCCCUGUCCUGUACCCCAUCAACAUCCUCAUAGAGGACCAGGAAAACUCCACGUUCUACAUCAGUUUCACCCCAAAAGGUCCCAAGACCCACCAGAUCAAGCACAUCUACCAGGUGAGGAUUCAGCCUUCUGUCCAUGACUACCAAAUGCCAGCGCUGGAGGCUCUGGUCAGGGUCCCACAGUGUCACAGCGAGCAGCCCUUCACACACAGGUGGAGCGUGCAGAUGGAGCCUCCCACUACCUGCCAUCAAGAGGACCUUGGGCAACCCCCCAGUGGCAGUGAGCCUUGUCUCUCCGGAGCCGAGAUCCGCUGCCCACUUGUCUUCAGGCAGGAAUUCCUCGUCCAGGUGGAGGCAGCCAUAGAGCUGGUGGGAGACAUUGAGGCCUCCUCCACGCUCAGCCUCCUCAGCUCGCUCUCCAUCUCCUUCAACAGCAGCAGGCACUUCCACCUAUAUGGAAGCAAUGCUUCUCUGGCCCAGAUCCUCACGAAGGUUGACGUGGUGUAUGAGAAGGAGAUGCUGAAAAUCUACGUGCUCAGCGGCAUUGGGGGCUUGCUGCUACUGCUGCUCAUUUUCGUGGUGCUGUACAAGGUUGGCUUCUUCAAACGGAACCUGAAGGAAAAGAUGGAGGCUGACGGAGGUGUCCCCAAUGGGAUCCUUAGAGAAGACGCUGGGCCUUCGGUGGCAUCUGGGGAGGAGGCCAUGGAUCUGGACUGUCUGGAGCCCCUCCAGGGUGAAGAGGCUCAGGAUGGAGACGUCAGGAGCUGAGGCCCAGACCUGAGGCAGGGGGCCCAGGAAGGACUUGAGACGCUCGAGGCCCGUCAGCUUCACCGUGCACCUUGCUGUGUGUCCUCGGGCAAGUCACUGUCCCCAGCCUCAGCUUCCCUGCCUUGAGCACAGAUCUCCCUCCUGCUGUGUCCUCUGCUGAGGGAUGGCAGCAGGGCCACAGCGGUGACACUUUGGCAUCAUCAGAGGGAAAGCCUCCCGCCAGCCUGCCUUGGUUUGCUCCCCAGACGAGAAUAUCCGAUCAAACUUGGCAAAGCUGAAGCGUCAGGACCCAGUGAUGCUCGCUGCCCUGCAACGUCCGGAUCCCUCAAGCUCCCUGAAGCUGCCCAGGAAUUCUCUCCGGCCUGGAGUCCAGUUCUGCAUUCUGCUGUGGGAUUCAAGGCCAAUCCAUGUCACUGUGCUGGGCUCUGGAUGCCCUUUGACCUGAGACCAAAUUUCUUACUAAAUCUUCCAUGGCCUGCAGACCUGCAGCUUUCCCUCCCUCCCCCAACCCCUCGAGAAGCCCUGACCACCAGGCUCCAGCGACUCCGGCCUUGCAGAUGCCCAGCUCCUGCCUGUCUUGCUGCGUUCACCGUAGCGGCCCCCCGUCCUUACGCCGCUCAGCAUUCACAUCAUGGUCCACCCCCCACCCAGUGCAGCUGGGUUCCAGCAUUUUCCAUACUUGAAGCCUGCACUUGGCACUUGGCCCCAAGGUUGUACUUGUACAGUGUUUAAUGAUUUAUUUAACUUCUCUCUCUCAAGCAGUGCACUCCAUAAGGGUAGGGACUGCAUCCCUCUCCCAUGUGCAUUGGAAUCCCUGAUGCCAUCCCAGAGCCGGACAGUAGGUGCUGGACACAGGGUCACUGAAUAGAUGACCGAGUCAUGGGAAGAUACAGAAAGCGUGGCCAGGCCCCCGGCUUGACAGCCUCUCCCCACCUCCUUCCUGUCCUACGCAGUGGCCCCAGAGACAGAGUUCAAGGUGGGAAUGAGUCUGUUCACUUAGAGCCCAGAACCAAGCACAGUGCCUGUACAUACUUAUCCAAUAAAUACAAAACACAGUCCAGUUUUGUGAUGUUCUUGUGCUACUGCAACACU